AUGUAUUCGUCGAAUGUCAUUUCAGAGUCCUUAGAGAGCAGACACAACAGCACCCAGGGUCACGAGACCAGCAAACAGGGCGACCAGCUUGGAGUUGGAGCCGGAGUAGGACAUUGGGUUGGUCAGAGCGGCAGCGCCGGCAGUGGAGCUGGCAGAGGAGCCAGAGGAGCCGGAAGAAGAGCCAGAGCCAGAGGCACUGGAGGCAGCAACGUUAGCGGUGCCGACCAAGCUGUAGGAUUUCCUUGGAUGGAGCUGGCGCUUCGAGCGCCAGAGGCCGUAGACACGUCGCGAUGCGCCGCUAGUGCGCCUCCUUGGCGUGUUCUUGUGCACCGUGUCACAGGGGCUGGUACCCACCGCGUUUUUCCAGCGAUUAGGUAA